AUCAACAUUUCUUAGAUAUGCCAAGUAAAAAAACCAAACAUGAAUACAUUUUUCAAACAAUUUUCAUGUUUCUUGUUCAUAUUGUUUUUUACUUGCUCUCAAGUCGAAGCUAGAGAUAGCAAGUUCUUUUACAAAUAUGUUCAUUUUAGCAAUAACAACAACAAAAAUUAUGUGACGGUGCCUAGCUCGAUCCAAAGUUUGGCUCCGACUCCAGCCCCAGCUCCCCUCACUAGCCAAAUCAACAAUGCCCCGGCACCCCUUGGUGCAGAAAUCGGAGACGUGCUAGUCCCAGCCCCUGCACCAAUCGAGAGUGCAAAUGCUUAUUAUGGUCUUUAUGGUAAGGGAAGUUCUAGCAAUCAAUUUCCUUUCAAAACCACCACCACCACCACGACGGAAGGUGGUGAUGAUGAAUUUUCUACUGAAGAGUUCAGAAUGGAAAAUUUCAACGAGUUAAAUUCAAGAGAAUCCAACAAUUACAACAACAAUUUUUACCCGGAUAAUUACAACAACAAUGGCUACACGACGGAAAGUUAUACUGUUAGGCCACAGGGGAUGAGUGACACCAGAUCAUUGGAGAAUGGCAAGUAUUAUUAUGACAUUAAGAAUGAUAAUUACAAUCCAAAUAGUGGGUAUGAACCAACGAGGGAAACCAACAAUGAGGAAGGCUAUUAUAAUCAAAAGUCGAAAUAUGAGUUCGACUCCAUGGAAGAAUAUGAGAAGAAGAAUAACUAUCCAGAUGUUCUACACGAUAAAUACGUUCCUUGAAGCAGCAAAUAACUUAUAAUGAAUGUUUUGCUGUAUACUUGAAUUCCAUGUGAUUUUACACAUUUUUUGGCUUAGAAAAUGCGAAUCAAAUGGAAGGAACAUAUACUAUAUUUAAUUUUCAGACAAAAGUGAAAAGAUAAUCAGUGGCCAUGUAACUUUAGCCCUUUAUCUUUAUGGAUCUUUAUUUGUUAUAUUUUUGUCCUUUA